AUGCUGUCCGUACGAUCCCGCCGAUAUCGAGCGUCGACCUCUGCCUCGACGCUACAAACCUCCAAAGCCGCGGAAAUUCUCGAAGCACUCCUCCGACAGCUCUCGGUGACGACCCGAUCAUUUAUAGACGGCUUGUACCCACAAACUGAAGCCUUGAUAGAACAGAUCCGCCACAUUCACCAGCAUGUCGCUGUUGCCCCUCCACCCUCCCCACCACAAGACGACUUCCGUCACCUUCGCGGGUUCCAAGCAUUACUCGAUGUCCUGCGGUCAUUCUCAGGCUUUUACAACCCACAAAAACGUAGCGAGACAGAGAGGAGGGCAAUAUUCGACCUGAUACACGUGGUGCUAGCCACACUUUCGGCGGUCUUCCGUGCCCAUCCCGGUAACCGACGGUACUUCCGUGAUCGAACCCUCGCCGAGCCGGAGAAGGCGAAGGUACUGGCCCUAUGUAAGCUUCUGAUGCAUCUGGGCAUUGAGCAGCUCGAAGAUGCACAGUUUUUGUUGAACAGCCCAGAAGUUGCUGCCUCUGAAUUUUGUCUCGAAAUGACAGAAAAGCACGCCUCCCCACCUUUCAUACAAUUCGAUCUCUCCUUACAUGGCCACUCCUCAGUCGAGCUUCCUAAUCUGGGGCGAUCUUUUCCACCUCAGAGUGCCCCGGGUUAUACCUUUGCCGGCUGGAUCCGCAUCGACGAGUUUGACCCAAAGUCCCAUACGACGCUUUUCGGGGUCUUUGAUUCGACUCAGACGUGCUUCCUCCUCGCCUAUCUUGAAAAAGACACCAAGAACUUCAUCCUCCAAACGUCUGUCACAUCCUCGCGUCCUAGUGUGAGGUUCAAAUCGAUUACUUUCAAGGAGAACCAGUGGUAUCACUUGGCCCUCGUCCACCGCCGGCCCAAGACCAUGGUCGCCAGCAAAGCAAGUCUCUACGUAAACGGAGAGUUUGCCGAGCAGAUCCGGGCCUCGUAUCCCAACCCACCUCCACCUUCUAACGCGAGCACCGAGAGUUUUGUUUCCUUCUCCUCGAGUAGCGGCAAGACAAACCCCGUUCAGGGGUUCUUGGGCACCCCUCGCGGACUCGCUGCCCAGGUUGGCCCAGGGUUGGUGCGCUCAAAAUGGUCUCUCGCUUCGGCCCAUUUGUUUGAGGAUGUGCUGAGCGAUGACCUACUCGCGGUAUACUACCGUUUGGGUGCCCGGUACCAAGGGAACUUCCAGGAUUGUCUUGGAGGUUUCCAGACCUACGAAGCUUCGGCUGCGUUGGGGCUUCGGAACGAGGUGUUCCACCCAGGCAAGGACGAGAACUCGGAUAUUCUUAAGGCCAUCCGGGACAAGGCCAGCACGAUCGUGCCUGAACAUAGGGUGUUGUUGAGCAACUUCCCGCGUGCCGUGUUCACCGCUGAUGGAAAGUUUAUGGAAUCAUUACUUUUCCGUUCGCUGUCCCGGAACGCGGCCAACAGCCUCUUCCAUGCCACCGUCAAGAGUGGUACAGCAGUCGCGAUCAACGGCGCCGUGCCUUGCGUCAACGACGCCCUGAUCAAGAUGAACGGAAUCUCACUGCUUGCGGGUGACCCGGUCGUCGCCACACCGUACUAUUUCGACGACAACCUUUGGAGGCUCGGAGGCUUCACGCCUGUCGCUCUUAAACUUGUCGAGCGAUCGUCCACAUCUGAUGAACUGCUGAGGUCGGUUGAGCUCAUGUUCCACUGCAUAAGUAACAGCUGGAGAAAUAGCGAGGCCAUGGAAAGAGACAAAGGAUACGCCGUACUCAGCAUGCUACUCCGCGCAAAGCUGGGCUAUGGCGUCCCCGGUUCGGAUACCCAGUCCCAAACCUGGCGACUGCCGCUCACCAACGACGCGAGGGACCGCCUGAGCUUCCAGCUGCUUAGCCUCAUUCUUCAUUUUGUCGGAUACCAGCAUGCCGAGCCGAUCGAGUCUUUUAUCAUUAACCCACUGGCCUAUCGUGUCCUGCUUAUCGAUCCGGACACCUGGAGGCGGUCUUCUCCUCUGGCCCAAGAGCUCUACUACAAGCAGUUUGUGACUUUUGCCGUGAAGAGCAAGCACCAUCAGUUCAACAGCCGCCGGUUGCUUCGGAUGCGCAUCAUCAAGAGGCUCCUGGAUGCUUUGAAAGCCGAAACGAUCUCCCAGGAUAUCUUGCCGCACUUCAUGGCCUCCUUCGAAAGUCUUGUGAAAUGCAAUUACAAUGCCGAAGUGCAUCGCUCCAUCGCCCUCUUCAUCACCUACGCAUUCCACACCCCACCGGGUUCCUUGCCGCGUACACCUAAGCCCGGGUCCACCAGCAGCCGUGCUGCUACCCCCGGCCUUGGCGUUUUCCGCCGGCCGACUACUGAACUGAGCCCUCUCUCGUCUGCAAUGGGAUCUAGAAUGCUUAGCAAAAAGGAACUGGGCAUCAAGAUCCUACAGAUGUACAGUGGGCUUCUCUGUGAAGAGGCCAACUUGGCCAACAUCCGCAAGUUUGCCAAAACUGUCACGAACAAGGUGAUACACGCAUCCGGCCCAAAGAAGAGGACUCGAGAAUACGUGCUGACUUCUCGGCAGUGGCUCCUCUACCUACUAGCCGAGAACGACCCCGAGAUUGUGGUACUUGGCUCCAAGAUUCUCGCACGGCUCCUCGUGACGCAGCCUUCGGGUUACACAGCUAAGUUUGCGAGCAAGACUGGUGGCUUCUGGAUCAUGGCGUACCGCUUGAGACAGUGGUGGGAUAUCUCCACGCUGUGGCCGAUCCUCUUCAGCAUCCUCUUUGGAUAUGACGUAUCCCGUAUUAACUUUGACAAGUCGUUUGACUUCUUUAGCCUCUUGGAGCUCUUUGGUAACAGCAAGGUUGUAUUCCCAGACCUGCUCCCUGUUAUUACCUCCAUGCUCCAACAUGGCCUCCGGGACGUUCUGCGGCAUCAGGAUGACCCCGACUCGCCUGACCGUGAACCUAGCCCGGAAACGAAUCUCGGUGCCGUUCACACAAGGCCUCGGGCCCGGUCUAUGGAGCUGGGCCAGGCGCUCGAACCGCGAAAAACCCAUGUGCCGGACAAGGAGAGAGUUGCGGCGAAUGCGGCCGUGCUUCAGACCAUUGUCCGCUUUUUGGCCGACAUGCAGGCACGCUCCGCCAACUUUCGGGAUUUUGCGCUGUCCUCGGACUACCUGCGACACCUUUUCGCUGCUCUGUACCCAGUCAUCGUUAGUUCCGACCCGGUCACGGCCGAGACGGAGCUCAAUUCAAAGGACACUCUCAACUUUGAGGGGGGCGAUGUCAUCAUUAGGCCGGUACCCGGAUCCUCGUCGACGGCCAUUCCGAUCAUCAGGACGGCCGGCUCCGUCCCGGCAGAUACUCAACCAUAUUCUCGCAGCCCCGGCCGAGGUACACCUCUUCGCCGGCCGUCGUCGUUCAUCCUAGUCACCUCGCAGUCGCCGCCCACAGUCGCGCCCACUCCCACUCGCCUGAAUCACGCCAUAUCGCCGAAGAAGAGAUCAUCCACUCGGAACACCAGUAAUGCCGUGUUGGAGGGGGUGCUCGAGUUGAUUGUCAACGUGUUUACGGAUCAAGUCUUGGCGAGGAAAGAGUUCCACGGAUUUGGCCUCCUCCUGAAAGUUCCCCCGGGUUUCCAAGAGCACAGGGCCUACUUUGAAACGUACAUUCUGAGGAACGUGAUCACCCAGUUGAAAAACACUGUCCAACUGGACCAAAAGGUCCUGACAGAGCCCAAGAUUCUGCAGAACAUGGCACGCCUGUGUCUUCACAUGGCUGAGGCCGUUUUUGAAGGGUCGUUUAUGAACGGAGCCGAGACCAUGAUCGAGUUUGCGGGGACCUUGUUGGAGUAUUUGCAGCGGCCCGAUGUCUCCUCACUGAAGAGCGUCCGGUUGUGCAGUUCCGCGGUAGCGACGAUACGGUCGUCUUUUCUACGCUUCACCUUACUGCGGCUCUCUGAUAUGGACGACCCCGAAACCAAGGAUUCCGAGGCGCUCACAACCAUGGAGCAGCUGAUUUACUGGCAGACCGUGCUGCUCGGCUGCCUGUCGACCGAGGAUGAGUUCAUGAAGCUGUUGUGGUAUCAGCUCUACAACAAGCUCGUCAACCCAAGACGGGACAUUCGCCUUGUGGCUGCCAUGCUGUGGCGGAUUAUGCUUGUGCAGAAGCCCGAGGAGUCCUCAGCCAUCUUCAGGCAGACUAUGACGCCGGAUCAGAAACCGUUAGCCAGGGGGUUUGAGAAGCUGACCGAGCUGGACGAUGUCUCCUUCCUCGAAUGGGUGGAUCAGCAUCGCUCAUCGCUGGAUGUUCUCUUUUUCGACGGCAUGUCGAAGUCGUGGGAAGACUUUGUCGCGGUUGAGAACCAGCGCACGGCGGACUCUGCUCGCAGCAGAGCGAAGUCGCGCAAGGACAAGCUCCGUCAGUGGCACACAGAGUCACUGGAGAAGGACAACAUCUUGCUCCGUCACGAGAUGGCCAACAGCGCGUGGAUGAAGAGCAUCUAUUUUACGGAGCACUUCAAGCACCAACGGCUUCUGCAAGAUCUACAAGAUGACAAUGCUUUCCUGGCGUCAACCUAUGCCAAGAUGGAGCAAGACCUGUGUCGGCCCGGAGCGGUGUUCAGCGAGCCGCAGACGAUCAAGUGGAAGUUAGAUCGGACUGAGGGCAGGAACCGCAUGCGUCUCCGUCUCCUACCGGUGUACCCGGCCCAACAACACCCGGAAUUUCAGCCGAAGAACAGCAGCGGUCCGACUGGGAACUUGAAACCCACUACCACUGCUGGCAGCGAGGGAUCCCGGCCAACGGGUCCCGCGCCCGCAACGGUCCGCCCUACCUCUGCUGGACCGGACGGCAAUGUGGAUGCUCCGGAUAUUUCUGCGGAAGCUGAGCCCGUCUCUGGAGCCGAUUCACAGAGCGCGGUACCGGAGGACGACUUCGAACUGGUGGAGGACCCCAACGAGCCUGAUGGUGACGACGCUUUCGAGGAUAAGAACAGGAAAGUGAUGCGCCGCCUGCAGCAGGGCGAUGCGGUCCAGAACGUCUUCAACAUCUCACGAAUCAUUGGGCUUGACGCUCCUGAGGGUAUCCUGAUCAUCGGAAAGAAUGCUUUGUACAUCAUGGACAACCUGUUCCAAAGCGCGGACGGCGAAAUUGUCAACGUCUGGCAGGCUCCGCCAGAAGAGCGGGAUCCGUUUUCUAUCAUAAUCACGGGGGGCAAGCCGGGAGAGCGGCCACAGGGUCAAAGUCGCAUCGAUCAAGAGUCGCGCAGUUGGAAGUGGCAGGACGUUCUCAGUAUUUCAAAGCGGCGUUUUCUGUUCCGUGACGUGGCGAUCGAGAUCUUCUUUACGGAUGGCCGGAGCUACCUCCUAGCCGCGAUCAACCCGGCCAUGCGGGACGAAAUCUAUUCGAGGCUGACAACCAUGACGCCACACACCAGCAACCCGAGCCUACUCACCAGUCCAGAAGACAUUUGGCGGCUCGAGAGUCUCCGGUUUACCGAGGAAGCACCCCAGACGCUGGGGGCCAAGUUUGGCAGCAUCUUCAACUCCUCGGCCUGGAACCCCAUGAUGCGGCGGUGGCAGAGGGGCGAGAUCUCCAACUUCCAUUACCUCAUGUUGGUGAACACGAUGGCCGGCAGGACGUUCAACGAUCUGACCCAGUACCCCGUUUUUCCCUGGGUGCUGGCGGAUUACACAAGUGAGGAGCUCGAUCUCAACAACCCGGCCACAUUCCGGGACCUGUCCAAACCAAUGGGUGCGCAGUCGCCGAGCCGCGCGGCCGACUUCGCGGAGCGCUACAAGAGUCUGGCUGAGAUUGGCGAGACGCCGUUCCACUACGGGACUCAUUACUCCUCUGCCAUGAUUGUCUCAUCCUACCUCAUCCGGCUUCCACCGUUUGUGCAGUCCUACAUCCUCUUACAGGGAGGCACAUUUGACCACCCAGACCGGUUGUUCUUCUCCAUUAAAGGUGCUUGGACCUCGGCGUCUCGUGAGAAUGGCACCGAUGUGCGCGAGUUGACGCCGGAGUUCUUCUACCUCCCCGAUUUCCUCACAAACAUCAACGGCUACAAUUUCGGCGUCCGACAGGGGGGCAACGGACCGAUCGAUAACGUCGUUCUGCCACCGUGGGCCAAGGGCGACCCCAAGGUCUUUAUCGCCAAGCACCGCGAGGCGUUGGAGAGCCCGUAUGUGAGCCAACGGCUGCACCAAUGGAUCGAUCUGGUGUUUGGGUUCAAACAGCGCGGCGAGGUGGCCGUCGACAAUCUGAACGUGUUCCAUCCCCUAUCGUACAAGGGCGCCAGAGACCUGGAUAACAUCACGGAUCCGCAGGAACGGGCUAUCACCACGGGGAUCAUUCACAACUUUGGGCAGACGCCGCAUCAGAUCUUUACCAAGCCACAUCCUGCGAGAGAGUAUGAUCAUUGCCCGAUUAAGAGGCUGGAUACGUCAAUUGCGGCGCUUACGAGGGUGUCGUAUCCGUUACUUGAGAGUCGAGAGCGCGUAGCCUCGUUGAUCUAUGUGCCCAAGCUGGAUCGUCUGUUAUGUGCAUCACCUUUCCGGCUUAACCUUCCACCGACUUAUGACAAGUUCCUAGAAUGGGGCUACACGGACAACAGCGUGAGGUUCUUCUUGAGCGACAAUCGAAAGCCCGCGGGCCUUUUUGAGAACCUGCACAUUGGCCAAAUAUCUACCUUGACCUUUGCGGACUCCAAAACCCUGAUUACCGCUGGCGAAGACUGUGUUGUGUCAGUCUACACAAUCCAGUCGUUGCCCAACAAGCCACUCGUCGAUCUGCAGCUGCGCUCCUCGCUGUUCGGACACAAAACACCCGUCACGCAUAUCGUCGUCUCCAAAGCCUUUAGCACAGUACUCACCGUCUCGCAAGACGGCAUCGCUUUUCUCUGGGACCUGAACAGCCUGGAGUUCAUCCGCAAGCUGCCGCUCGCACGUCCUGUCGAAUGUGCCAAGAUUAACGAUGUGACGGGGGAUGUGAUGUUAUGCUCGGGGCAGAAUGUGCUGCUGUACACGCUCAACGGCGAGCUGAUCCUGGAUCAGAACGUGUCGAUCGCCGCCGAGGACUUUGUGCACGCAUGCGCCUUCUACGAGGGAUCACAGCAGGGCGCGGGCAACGAGUGGCUCGAGAAUCAGCUCGUGUUCACCGGCCACCGGCGCGGGGUGGUGAACGUGUGGCGCAAGACGGUGGGACAACGCAGCGGACGGUGGGUGCUAGAGUUUGUGCGGCGGCUGGACCAUGUCAACAUGAAGAGUGAGACGGGAGCCAAUGUCGAGGCGGCCAUUACUUGUAUUGCGCCGCUGGCUGGGCUGGUGUAUACGGGAGAUGAUGAUGGGCGAGUGGUAAGUUUCUCGUUUUUUCUUACACUUUGCUCCGCAACGCCAAUAUGUACAGGUGAUAUCAUAGGCCCCUGCCCAGUGCUGGCCGCUUCGUCCCCCUCCCAGCCUAACAGAUCACCGAGUCGAAGCCGUUUUAUUCUUAAGCAUCCUCGAUCCCUCUACUUCAUUCCGUCUCGUCGCCGUACCCCGUUAGGUAGAGGAUUUCAGAUCGAAUUCGAGACACCCAAGAGCGAGUCGUUAGCAUUGUUCCACCUCGGCGAGCGGAGUUAUGACCAUAUUAUCUUCUUUCCGACCAAGGGGAAAGGCCUCGGCCCCAACCUGACCCCCAACAUCCUCAUUGAUUUCAUGAACGCCAACGGCAACGUCCUCGUGACACUUAGCUCCGGCAUUUCGACGCCGAGCUCGCUUGUCUCCCUGCUCGCCGAGCUCGAUAUCCAACUCCCCGCCGAGCGUACUGGUCUGGUCGUGGACCACUUUAACUACGAUGCCUCGAGCGCCGCCGACAAGCACGACGUGCUCCUCCUCCCGCGCCCAAGCCCUGUCCGGCCCGAUGUGAAGGACUUCUUUGGCGCCGGUGCCAGUGAUGGCGAUGUUCUCGCGUUCCCCCGCGGCGUAGGUGCUGCUCUUGGCACUAGCGAGCUUCUCACUCCGAUCGUCCGUGCCCCCCGUACCGCCUACAGCUACAACCCCAAGGAGCAGGCCGAAGUAGUGGACGAGCUUUUCGCCGCCGGUGAGCAGCUAUCGCUGGUCUCUGCCUUCCAGGCGCGCAACUCGGCGCGCUUUACGUUGGUUGGGUCUGCUGAGCUGCUACAAGACAAGUGGUUUGACGCCGAGGUCACGCCCGCAGGUGGCAAGAAGACUGCCAAGACCCUCAACCGGGAGUUUGCGAAGCGUCAUCACCUUGAUGAGGCGGGUGCGGCCAACGUGUCGAACCCCAAUAUCUACCGCAUCAAGAACGACGUGAAAUACACCAUCUCCCUAUCCGAAUACACUUGGGACACCUGGGUCCCCUUUACCGUCCCGGCCAACGAUGCCCUCCAACUCGAAUUCUCGAUGCUCUCGCCCUUCCACCGCCUCCCGCUCGCCGCCGACUCUACUCACAGCUCAGACUCGGCCGCGGCCUACAGCGCAACAUUCAAGCUGCCCGAUCAACACGGCAUCUUCAACUUCAAGGUCAACUACAAGCGGCCUUUCCUGUCUAACGUCGAGGAGAAGAACACGGUGUCGGUGCGCCACAUGGCCCAUGACGAAUGGCCGCGGAGUUUUGUCAUCACCGGUGCCUGGCCGUGGAUCGCUGGUGUGGGUGUGACAGUGGGCGGGUGGUUGGCAUUCUGCGCAUUGUGGAUGUACAGCGCGCCCCCGGCGAAGAGGGAGACCAAGAAGACGCAGUAA